ACGAACAAGAUGGCAACUGGACUAGACCACGGGUUGAAAAAACUAGUUUGGCAAAGAAUCAAGGACACUAUCAUUGCAGACACCAGAAAGUCAGAAGUAUGGAAGAUAAUGAUGUUGGACCCAUUCACUACCCGACUCCUCUCCUCCUGUUGCAAAAUGUCCGACCUCAUGUCAGAGGGGAUCACAAUUGUGGAAGACCUUUACAAAAGCCGGGAACCGGUCCCUGAAAUGAAGGCAAUCUACUUCAUGACCCCUACAGAUAAGUGUGUUGAUGCCUUUAUUGGUGACUUCAAGCAGAAACCCAAGUACAAAUCGGCAUAUGUUUAUUUCACUGACUACUGUCCCGAUGAUUUGUUUAACAAAAUGAAGAUGUUUUGUGCAAAGCACAUCAAAGUUUGUAAGGAAAUCAACAUUUCCUUCCUGCCACAAGAGGCCCAGGUGUUCACCUGUGACUGUCCAAGGGCUUUCUGGAACAUCUAUAGCCCUCAGAGUCAGGAGAAAGGCAAAACUCUGGAAACACUGGCAGAUCAGAUUGUCACUUUAUGCGCCACACUAGACGAAUACCCUGGAGUCAGAUACAAGAAAGAUUCAGGGCUGGAUAAUGCAAAGGUACUGGCUGAAUUAGUGGACAAAAAAUUGGAAAACCACUACUCGCUGGAUGAAAACUGCAAGAAAAAAUCAAAGACACAGGCUCAGUUACUUAUUGUGGACAGAGGCUUCGACCCCGUGACACCCAUCCUGCAUGAGCUGACCUACCAGGCCAUGGCCUAUGACCUUAUACCCAUCAAGAACGACACAUACAAGUACAAGUCGAAGGAUGGCUCAGAGAAAGAGGCUCUGCUGAAUGAGGAUGAUGAGCUGUGGGUCAAAUUACGCCACAUGCACAUCGCUGAGGUUUCUGAGCAAAUCCCUAAACUGGUGAAGGAGAUUUCUGCCAGGAAACAGGCGGACUCAAAGAUUACAAUAAGUGGCUUAGCCCAGCUCAUGAAGAAGAUGCCUUCCAUCCGUAAGCAGGUCGCCCAGAAAACGGUUCAUCUGACCUUAGCUGAAGACUGCAUGAACCAGUUCCAAAAGAACGUGGAGAGGCUGUGCAAAGUAGAGCAGGACUUGGCUGUGGGUGCUGACGCUGAGGGUCAGAAAGUGAAGGACCCCAUGCGGACGCUACUUCCCGUCCUGCUCCACCCGCACAGCACACACGAUAAGAUCCGUGCUGUUCUGCUCUACAUCUUCAGCCUCAAUGGGACAACUGAAGAGAACCUUAAUAAGCUGAUCCAGCAUGUGAAGAUAGAGGGGAACAGUGAGUAUAUCCUCAGCUGGAAGGAGCUUGGAGUGCCCAUCAUCUCCUCACAAAGCCUCUUCCCGUUCCGUAAGCCGACCCGGCGAGACCGAUCGCAGGAAGAGACGUACAGCCUCUCCCGAUGGACGCCAGUCAUCAAAGACGUCAUGGAGGAUGCUGUGGAAAACAAGCUGGACACCAGAGAGUGGCCACACCAGUCAGAAUGCCCGUCUGCCUGGAAUGGUUCACGAGCAGUGAGUGCACGUCAGAAGCACAAGGCAAGUGCUCAGGACGAUCACCGGAGUGGCUCACGGCUCAUUAUCUUCAUCUUGGGUGGAAUGAGUUACUCAGAGAUGCGGUGUGCCUAUGAGGUUACACAGACCAUCAAAUCUUGUGAGGUCAUCAUUGGAUCCUCUCACGUAUUGACUCCGACGGGACUUCUGGAAGAUAUCCAGGCCUUGAGUAAGAAACCGAUGGAAACCUUCACAAUAAUAGAUGAGAAGUCCAGUGCCUGAAUGUCCCCUCCCCCCACACUCAACCUUCCAGCCAUCCUCCUCCUAUCUAAGCAAAGAGCACUGUCAAUAACCGAAGGGAAGUCACCUGACCAGGAGUUCACACUGAACCCAAACCCACACAGAACGACUCACCUCUGUAGGAUUGUGACAGCAGGUGUAUUCAGCAGUUGCUACUGUUCACAUCAGUUUACAGUCAUCUGUAAUGAUAUCCAUGAAACCGGCCAGCAUGCCGUGCAAACAUUUAAAUGCGAUGCCACCGCUUCAUAGCGCCGACACUAGCAAAAUUAUAUACUCAUAAUUCAGAUGAUGGCCACUCUGUAUACUAUACGUAUUUGUGUGUGUUGACAUAAACUGUAAUGGCUUGCUGUGACAUCUUACAUGAUACAUGAACAUCAGCAGUGUGAGGGUUUGAGAAGAGUGUUCCUGGUCUUUAUAAUCAUUAAUAUAGCUAUUGAUUACACUAGAGCUGGUACCAGCCUCAGAACUAGUACUGGUAUAUUUCUGUCAUACUUGCUGCUUAUUGAGAUACCCCUGUCUGUCAGCCCUGUUUGCACAGCUGUCCAUUUUUCUCUUUCACACCACAUUACUCAGUUUAGGAACACUUUUGAGGAUCUUUUAACCUCUUAGUCUCCAUCUCAAAUGUACAGAAAUGUUACAAGGCGGGAAGGAAUGACCCAUAAUGUUUAGCCAAGUGUGAAAUGAGGGAAAAAAAAACAACAACUUUUGAUGAUACUUUCUUUUCUAAGCGCCGAUUUGAGAUUGACGCAUCUCAGAUUUUGUUGAGUGUUGAUCAGUAUUUGAUGCCUGUUUAUGUGCUUAUCGCUGCAGGGCCAUGAAACAUUUGUCUCCUUCUCAAGUCCAUUCAGAAUAACGUUUAACAAGUAACAAACUGUCCUGUUUAUUUGAAUGGACAUUUCAAUAGUGGCUCCACUGUUAACAUUAGAAGGAUUUUGUUGUUGUUUUUUUUGAGCAAAUGUAUAUAAGUACCCACUGCCUGCUAACAACAGCUUUUUCUUUUACCUUUUUUCUUUUAAUAUUAUCAACAAACAUAUUUUUAACAAAGAUUAAACUAUUAACUUAACAUGUUUUUUUGAACAACUGACAAAUAA